UUGCUGUUUUUAACUUUUUCUUUGUUUUUAUCGUAAAUUCCAGCGUAAUUAGCUGCCGUUUUUAAGCGGAAUAUAAACAGAAAAAGCAGAUAAACAAGUGUUCAUUUCAGUGGCCUUUUUCCUGAUCGAAGAAAUUCGAGCUGGAAUCGAUUAUCUAACGACAAAAUCGAAACGAGCGUUGGAGUAGGCGCAGAUAAAAAGAAUAAGGCAACCAGGCAAGUUGGCUCUCGUAAAUUAUCCGUUCUGACCAGUUUAAAAAAAGAGCAAAAUCAGUGUAGCCCACACAGGCAUCGAAAAGGCGAUAUAUCUUUCGAGACAGAGAAAAACCAACCUUUUGGAUCCGCGGAUUUUGCCUUGUAGUUGCACCACCACCCACUCUGCAACCCGCCCCCUGCAGCUGCACCGCCCACUUCCAACACCCACAAACAAAAAAUUUAUAUUUACGACGCAAAAACAAAACAAUCGAAUUGAAACCAGCUGUUUGGUUAUCGAUCGACGGUAUCGAUCACACACACAUGAGCAACGUUGGCGAAGAAGAAGAGUCAUCCAGAGUUGAGCACCAAGAAACCUAAAAAAUAAGGCACUUGAGCCGAGGUCUUUGUGGGCCGAAAGAUGUCUGUGAGACUGCUGACCGUGCGACUGAUCAAACAUGGUCGCUACAUUUUGCGCAGCUAUUGUAAACGUGAUAUACACGCCAACAUUUUGGACCAGAAUCAAUUGAAGACAAGAAGCAAGCGAGGCUUUCCCCUACCCUCCACCGCCGCCCAUGUGCUGCGGACAACGCCCCAGCAGGCGGCCAAAUCGGUGGUCAAUGUAGUGCCCCGCACCACCACUUCCCCGGCGGGAACACCACUGAGCGCCAGCUCGCCCAGCAGCAGUGGUCUCUUCCGAGUGGGCCAACAUGCCCGCAAACUCUUCAUCGACAACAUCCUCAGCCGGGUGACCACCACCUACUCGGAGGAUCUGCGCCAGCGGGCCACCCGCAAGCUCUUCUUCGGCGAUUCCGCCCCAUUCUUCGCCCUCAUCGGCGUUAGUCUGGCCUCCGGAUCGGGUGUCCUCAGCAAAGAGGAUGAACUGGAGGGCGUGUGCUGGGAGAUUCGGGAGGCAGCUGGCCGGCUGCAGAGAGCCUGGAACCAGGACGAAAUCUCCGAGACGCUGGACAGCAAGUUCAGCAUAGAUAACUUGGAAAUCGGGCCACCCAUUGCCAAAGGUUGUGCCGCUGUCGUCUACGCAGCGGGCUUUAAGAAGGAUGGAGCCUCAGAGACAUCCGUCCAUCCCGAUACUGAGCCGUCACAGGCCACUCCUGCCUUUGCGCCGAAUAGCUGGAGUGCCCACGAGAUGAUGUCGCCGCUGCAGAACAUGUCGCGCUUUGUCCACAACUUUGGCGGCUCCGUGGACAAUAUCUUCCACUACAGCCAGCCCUCAGCGGCCAGUGACUUUGUGGGCGCCCAGGAGAGGGAGCAGGAGCAGCAGCAGCAGCAGGACCUGGAUCCCAAAAGCAGUGCCUUCAAUGUGAAUUCCUCAGCGAAUCCCAAGAUAAACAGCUCUGUGGACCGCUAUCCGCUGGCCCUGAAAAUGAUGUUUAACUACGACAUCCAGAGCAACGCCUUGUCCAUCCUGCGUGCCAUGUACAAGGAGACAGUGCCGGCCCGUCAGCGGGGCAUGAACGAGGCCUCCGAUGAGUGGGAACGCUUGCUGCAGAACCAGACGGUCGCCCUGCCGCCGCACCCCAACAUAGUCUGCAUGUUCGGUUUCUUUUGCGAUGAGGUGCGCAACUUUCCCGACGGUCACCUCUUGUACCCGGUCGCGCAGCCGCAAAGGAUAAAUCCGCAGGGCUACGGGCGCAACAUGUCGCUGUAUCUGCUGAUGAAGCGCUACGACCACAGCCUGCGCGGCCUGCUCGACAACCAGGAGCUGGACACGCGCACACGCAUCCUGCUGCUGGCCCAAAUGCUCGAGGCUGUCAACCACCUGAGUCGCCACGGAGUGGCCCAUCGAGAUCUCAAGUCGGACAACGUGCUUAUCGAGCUGCAGGACGAUGCCUCGCCGGUGCUGGUGCUCUCGGACUUCGGCUGCUGCCUGGCGGACAAGGUGCACGGCCUGCGCCUGCCGUAUGUGUCGCACGACGUGGACAAGGGCGGCAAUGCGGCGCUGAUGGCACCGGAGAUCUUCAACACGAUGCCCGGCCCGUUUGCCGUGCUCAACUACGGCAAAGCGGAUCUGUGGGCAUGUGGUGCUCUGGCCUACGAGAUCUUCGGCAGCCACAAUCCCUUCUACUCGAGCAGCGGCGGCCUGGCACGCGAGCGCGGCGAGCUGACGCUGUCACUGAGGAACAGUGAUUACCGGCAGGAGCAGCUGCCACCGAUGAGCGAUGCCUGCCCGCCGCUGUUGCAGGAGCUGGUCUACAACAUCCUCAAUCCCAACCCGUCCAAGCGGGUCAGUCCGGAUAUUGCGGCAAAUGUGGUGCAGCUGUUCCUGUGGGCCCCGUCCAAUUGGCUGAAGGCGGGUGGCAUGCCCAACAGCUCCGAGAUCCUCCAGUGGCUGCUUUCGCUGACCACCAAGAUAAUGUGCGAGGGUCGUCCGCAGCUGGGCGCGGGACCGCUGCCGAUGCCAGUGGCCACCAACGGACGACGCGCCUACGUGGAGUACCUGCUUAUCUGCAGUUUCCUGGCACGCGCCCGGCUGCGUCGCAUUCGCGGGGCCCUCAACUGGAUCCAGAAUACGGUGGCGUAGGCUAUUGGCCCCGGGAUAUCUACUUGUUACCCUGAGAAAAUCAAAUGGAAAAGCGUGUGAUACCUAUAUUUUACAUAUGUAUUUAUAAAACAAGUUAAAAAUUAACCGCA